GUUGACUACACCGCCUCAGCUGUGCCAUUCCGGCGCCCAUGCAUCGGUCGCCCGCCAUAUAAAAAGCUUGUGCAGCCACCGCAUGCCCAUACCUCGUCGUAAAUAUUUCAACAGAAAUGGCCCGCACCAAGCAGACUGCCCGCAAGUCGACUGGCGGCAAGGCGCCCCGCAAGCAGCUGGCCACCAAGGCCGCUCGCAAGACCCCCGCCACCGGCGGUGUGAAGAAGCCCCAUCGCUACCGCCCCGGUACCGUGGCGCUGCGCGAGAUCCGCAAGUACCAGAAGUCGACUGAGCUGCUGAUCCGCAAGCUGCCAUUCCAGCGCCUGGUGCGUGAGAUCGCCCAGGACUUCAAGACCGACCUGCGCUUCCAGAGCCAGGCCGUGCUGGCGCUGCAGGAGGCCGCCGAGGCCUACCUGGUGGGCCUGUUCGAGGACACCAACCUGUGCGCCAUCCACGCCAAGCGUGUGACCAUCAUGCCCAAGGACAUCCAGCUGGCCCGCCGCAUCCGUGGCGAGCGCGCGUAAGCGUCCUGCCGCCUGGUCUAUC